UCAUUCCAAAUUGACAACUUAUCAGCUGAUGACAAAAAUAAAGUAAUGAGGUUAGUGAAAGUUUUCUCAAAAUACUGAUUUAUUUUGUUUCUCCAUUCUCUUUUGUACUCAUUUCAAUAUUUUUACGAGAAAUAACCUUUAAAUAUGUUAAAAUGGAAGGAAGCGGCAAGUGUUAUCCUAUCGGCUGCAAGCCCCUCAAUCUCGUCACGUCUGUCUGCUACUCCGGGGCCGGGAAUCAACAGUAAACAAAUUGAGGAGAUGCGGAAAGAAAACGAGAAUCAAGACUUUCAAAUAUUAGCACUGAAGAAAAGCAGAGAAAGUCCCUUUACACCUGGCGCAUACGUAUUUCCGGGAGGUAAAAUGAAUAGAAGCGAUUCAAGUAUUGAAUGGAGUAACAUAUUUUCAGAAUUUGGGUUCUCAGUUAAUAAACUUUGCUCUUUGAUGAAAAAUGAAUCAACAGGUUUGCCUAUUUUUGAAUCUACUUCAGAAUCCUUGCCAAGAUGCAUAUCUCUUCGAAUAACUGCUAUUAGAGAAGCGUUUGAAGAAAGUGGUAUCCUUCUAUGUAGAAAAUCAUGGCACAACUUUGAUAAUUUUUAUAAAGCAACGCAUUUGGAUAUAAAAGAAUCAAUGACAUGGAGAAGGAAAAUAAUGAAAAAUGCAAAUGAAUUCCUCAACUUAUGUAGAGAAUAUAAAUGCUUCCCAGAUAUUAGUUCCUUAUACUUAUGGAGUGAUUGGCUUACUCCUCCAAAUCUUCCUAUAAGAUUCGAUUCUGUGUUUUUUGUAGCGAUUAUGGAGAAACUUGUCCCUGCACAAUCAGAGGAUUAUGAAAUCGAACUUGCAAAGUGGAGCCAUGUACAAGAUAUUCUAGACGAAUCACAUGACAAAACGGUUGAUGCUUAUCUGCCACCACCGCAGUUCUAUGAGCUCUCACGGUUCGCCUCCAUAGAUAGGAUGUCCACAUUGAUGGAUAUUGCUGACAAUGUAAAUAAAUCUACUCAUGAUCGCUGGAUGCCAAUUAGAGUAUAUGCGUCAAAUGGAGAAAUAUCCAUCUUGCCAGGUGAUGAAAUGUAUCCUGAACAUCCAGAUUACGAGCACCAUAAUGUGAUUCUAAAGGAAGAGUACACCAUUGAACAGUUGAGAAGCUCCAGAAUGCAUCGAUUUGAACACGAAGAUGUGUCAACUAAAACAACCAAUGGCAUACCACGAUUCAAUAGAAUAGUUAUUUCUAAUUUUGGAGACGACAAAAUGAAACACGUGCAACCUCGGACUUCUCCAAUAAUUGCUAAGUUAUAAAUGUGGUGAUAGUAAUUACAUAGUUAUUUGUUGGGCAUUUGCUAUUUUAUUGAAAUGAUGAAAAUGUAUUUAUUGAUUAUUGGUGAAAGUUUUUUCUUAAUUCCAUAGUCUGUGUAUCCAAUUUUCAAUAGAAUUUAUUACUGUGUCGAUCAUCUA